GGGUACUUCAUUCACUGCUUCCUUUCGCGCCGGGUAACCGGAGAGCUGUGCGUCCAUGUGCGCAGUGACUGGGAAUUGAUAGACCUCUGAAAUAUUAAAAUCCGAGCCGUAAACAGAGUUUUCGUGAUGGAUCCCGAGGCUUUGGUUGAGGCCCUUCGGGGUACGAUGGACCCAAAUCUGCGGGAGGCCGCGGAGAGACAGCUGAAUGAGGUAAAAGUUGAGAUUAGCUCUUAAUUGUGAUGGAGGUUGUGGCGCGGUCUCGGAUCGGGCCUGGGCCGUUCACAACAUCAAGAUGGUGCGAUCAUCACGCAGGCUGGGCUACGAUGUUGUUACCUUGACAAACAAAACGCCAACUCGAAAACUAUAGUUCAUUUUACUCCGAUAACACAAAGAACACUUUUAAAAUGAAGUUUAUCACGGUGAUUAUAUUUCGAUGACAACCAUUAGCCAGUUACCAACGUCAACGUUAGCUUCGUUCCGAGCCAGCUGUGCCGCUCAUGCUAACAGGCUAACCCUUCAUGCACUGCUGGCUGAUCAUUGUAAGCUCGUCACAGUCACUCCUGAAACUGUUUCCACCGUUUUUUGGAGCUGACAUGAUACAAUAAUAUGAUGGCCGGUGUGUUAAAGCGGCGACUAAAGCUGUGAAAACGUGGGACAUAUGCUAGUUAGCGUAUUUACCAGCAGGUCUUUGGUUUCUGGCCGUGUUGCUAAUCUAAGCGAGCUAACUUGGUGACUUGUUGGAUGAAGUGCUGGAGCCUCGAUGCUGCUGCUGCUCACGUGUCACUGACAAACCUCGAACUGAUGACAUUUCACAACUGCGGGGAAAAAAAAAAAACAGAAUAUUACGGGGAAAUUCAGCCUGCUGUUUUCUGAACCCUUGCUUAACAUCUUUAGCGGACACAUAUAUGACUAUUUCAUAACAUUUGCUCAAGUCGAGUUCAACGUGAGGAGAGAGCGAGAACGUGAGCUAACGUGAACUGAGCUAGCAGGACCGAGCCUGACUGACAAAAACUUGAGGAUUCUCAGCUGCUUUGUUUUGUAUAAAUGUGUUUUAUAAUGAUUUUUAAUGUUGUUUGGAGGCUUUAAGGGAGCCUGUUGAAGGAAAUAUAACGAUUAUAAGACAUGAAAGCUCAUUGACUCUGAAUACCAGUUUUCGUAAACCUGUCACUUAGAUGGAUAUUUAAAUGUUGAACACUGAAAGCUAGUCCUUUUUUAAAAUAUGACACAAAUUAAAAAGACUUUAUUGAGCUUACAUUUAUGCCACAGUAUGUCAUAUCUAUUCUGUGUCUCUGCUGAAGGAAACCCCAGCUUUCUUAAUUUUGGCUGCAUAAAGGACUUGGGUAGCACUUCACACCCACACAUCCUAAGAUACAAAUGGCUCAUAGAGAGGCUAAGAUGUUUUUUUAGAGUUGUUAAUGCUGUGUACUAAACAAAACCCAUAUCUAAUGGAGGUGGAUGUGCUUUCUAAAUGCACUGCCCUGCUUAGUCUUUAAAAAAUAGGUUUGGUGUUCAUGGACGAUAGCUGGUAUUUUUAGCUGUUUGUUAAAACACCUUUAUUUCUUAGGACUACCACCUGUUAAUAUAAACAACUUUGUUUUAUGAUAUUUGAUGAUUUGAUCAACUUAAAUCAAUCAGUUCAAUAGAUGUUAUUAAUUAAGGCAACAGAUUAAGGUAUUUUGACAUUAACUCGGCUUCUCUUGAACUUUUGAAUAAAGUAAACGAUUGAUACGAUGAGUUUAAGGGGAAAAUCCUUAUUCACAUUUAAUUUAAAAGGUAAAAUUGUUUCCCAAGAGUUGAUUUUUUUUUUUUAUAAAACACCAAUCAACUUGAGUACGAACAGGUGAAAUGCACCCUUCUCCUAACAAAAUGGUGAGAAAACAGUUUAUAACUGUUUUUUUUUUUUUACUGAAAUUUUAUUUGCAUUUUUUAAACCUAACAGAAACAAGACAUACAGUCAUUAAAAGAAAAAUAUUAGUAAGAACAAACAAACAUAAAACAUGGUGUCAUUCACAGAGAAGAAAAGGAAAUUGUCAAUGUAGCCUCUAUCAGAGUUGACCAUUUAAAAAAAAAUUGUGAAUAGAUUUAUAUUUGAUCAAUUUUUUCCACUUUCGGAUAACUUUUGUUUCGAUGUCUACAAACCGAUUAACAUUCAGCUGUUUUGAAUUCUGAUUUGCAGGGUCACACCCAGGUAAACUUCGUGUCCACUCUGCUGCGAGUCACCAUGUCUGAUCAGCUGGAUUUGCCUGUCAGGCAAGCAGGUGUGUGAACCUCGACAUGUAAGAAUAGUUGUAAACACAGUCAGGUGAUUAUGUUAGAUUAAUGUAUGUUAACUGUAUUUGUUGUUGAAUCUGAAUGUUCUGUGUUGAGAGAGCAACCAACAAAAUAAAAGAAAACAACCCUGGUUACCUACAUGAAGUAUACCUAUAAAGUUAACAUUUAGUGUUAUUGAGCCCAGUGUCUGAUGAAUUUAAAAGCUUGGGUUGGAUGCAGCAUCAGUUGCACCCCUGGGGAAGUUGAAUUAUUGUUUUUUGGGUGGGGUGGGGGAUAACGACACAUUUAUGAUGAGCCUAGUCUGGAUGCUUAUACACUCUUUGUCAUAUUUCUAAAAGAUUCCAUUUUAGUUAUAUGUGAAGUUAAAAUGGUGAUGUGAUCCACAUUUCAGAAUGAAAUAGACUUGCCAAAAGUAUCACGAGUCAGAGUUUCCUUCACAAAAUUAAACAAUUGCUGGUGAAGCUAGAUGAAUCCAUGACUUUGGGUCUUUUAUUCCUUUUUUGUCGCUGUGCUGUGAUAGUACUGAGUAGCAUCAAAACAUGACUAGUCAUAUGUUAGACUCUUUCAAUGGAAAUAGGCUGUAAGGUUUUGUUAAAGCCUAUCCCUGCAAAUGUGAGACAAUAUUGGCUCAAUGCACAGUAGCCACGACCUCUUCAGUCAGUCAGUGGUGUGUGGUUUGAUAAAAGUCCUUGAAUUAAAAGACUAAAUUCUAAAUUUCUUGAUGAGAAAUGUGAUGUUAAAAAAUUACAUAGUUUAAAAUGUACCAUAUGUUAUUCCACAGAUAUUUGACAUGUUUAUAUCUUACUUUGAACUUUUCAAAGUUGAGUGUACAAAUCAUUUGGUGAAGGGGGAGUAGUAGAGGCUGAAUUUGAGGCAUCUGACUUCUCAAACUGACAAAGUCUGAAACACAAGGAAGAAUGUUUGUAUAAAUUUGGAAUGAUGGUACAUAGCAACAGUGUUACCACUGAUUUUGUUUAUUCUUUUUAAUGAAAUACAGCACUACCAGGUAGAAAGUACUACUUAAGGACAGUGUCGUGAGACAAAGCACAUGCCUUUCCUCUCUUCUUACUUACAAGGGCCACAUAAGGACACCCUGGCACUUGAACCCAACCACAAAUGCAUCUGACUCCACUUUUGUCAAAUUGUGUUAUAUGAUGUAUAGACUAGAUAUUCCUAUGACCCAAAUAAAACAGGUCACUUACAUAAUCAUUUAAAAACAGAUGAUUUAGGGAUGACACAUGAUUCACACACUUUUGUUUUUGUGAGGCUAAAGUUCCGUGCUGAAGUGGAGUGGACACGUGGAGCUGUUUUAAAUAUAGCUUGUUUUGCUUUAGUCAAAUGCUGCUCUGCAUAGAGGGUGUCAGUGGUGGGAAAAUCAAUGUUAAAAUCUUCACCAAAGUUGUUACACAAAGCACACAGAUGAUAUCCAAAUCAUUGCAGGUCCACCUCAAAAAUUCAUGACUGUACAAGGACAUUUAACUGUUGUAAGAUGUUCUUCGGUGCGAUGGAUUGCUUUUCCAGCUGUAUGAAAAAUAUCCGACAGGGUUGAGCAACAUAGAGGGAGCAGCUCCUAGAGAGAGACUGCACAGAAGCGGUCUGAAUACGAUCACACGCUGAGCUGUAACGUCAGUUGUCUUUAUUUGUUGUGUUGGCAGGUAGUCAGUCUCUUAGCUAUCUGGCCCGGGCUGGAAAGCAGCCAACCUUUAAAAAAUGUCACCCUGGUGCUCAUGUUUAUUUUGUUUGACAGCUAUUUAAUUUAAAGGAAUUACAAAAUACUCUUCUUGAUAUAAGUGAUUUUCUUUCUCUCUUUAGACAGUACGAUUGAUGUUGGCUAGGUUAAUAUAAAAGGUUAAGGGUAUAUAAAGUUAAUAUCGGCAGCAUGUUCAGUGUGGGGUUUGUGUUUUGAUACUUCUGCUUCCUCAGAUUUCUUCUGCCUAUCAGAUACCAAGAAGGGAAACGAUACUUCUUUUGUGGUUGUCGGACCUAUACUAAAUUCUGUUUUGCCGUGUUAUUAUUUUGUUUGUGAGAGUUUUCUUUUUUCUCUAAAGAACUCACAAAAAAUCUGUACCAUAUCAAUUAAUGGCAGUUUGAGCAGAAAAAGUCAACAUUAGGCGCACACUGUAUGGGUGUUUAUAUACUUCCUAAAUCUCACCAAUUUCUGGAUUCCUUAUUUUUGCAGCAAAAGCCAGCAUGUUCAUGACUAAAAUGUGACAAGGAAUUAUUUAUUGGCUCAGACAGAAAGUUAUAAAAAAUGAUAACACAACAGUCCAAGUCUCAAAAGUUUUUAUUCGUCACCUUUAAGACAGAUAAUGGAUUUAACAAACACAAAUAGAUUGAAAAGCUGUUGUCCUUUUUUUAUCAGAAACGGCAGCAACUUUUCCAUAAAGCCAAACAUAAGUAAUAAACUGGUUUAUUUCUUGUGUUUUGUAUUCAUGUUCCUGCGCUGGGGUGUGUUAUCUGACUGUGCAGGAAAAUCUGUGUUUACUGGCACUAUCGAGUUUAUAAAACAGUAGUCACUUAUUAAUCUUGAUGGAUUUUCUUUCAGUUAGGCAAUGCCAAGAAGUGAUUUUCAGAAUCUGAUCGAUAUGAAAGAUUUGCAAGUGGCUUUGCAGUGCUGGGUGAUGAUGGUAUGGUUUGGUGGUUGAGGGAAGGGGGUUUAUGCCCUGUCAGCAUUGAUAGGCCGGAUUUUGAUUGCCUUGCUAGUGGUGUAGACGGUUGUGUCAGCAGUCUGACGUCAGCCUCCCGGCCCUCACUCCUCUGUUCCCUCAGAUGAUUCUCCCUGUGAGCCACAGAACUCAGACUGGGGCCCCCUCAUUGAGAUGUGAGCCCAGCUGUCACCUUGGUGCUACAUUCAAAACUAUUGAACAUCAGAUGGAAGAGUUUAUUCCAGCAGCUUAUACUCUGCUUGGUUCUCCAUUUGCACUCCAGUGCCAUAAACAGUCAAAGAUAUAAAAGUAGUCAACGUUAUCAGUUUGGAUCUCAUGGUCAGCUUUCAAAGAGCUCAACAUCUCUUAUAGGCAGUAAAUUUAAAAACAGGAAGGUCUAGUUUUUAGGGACUGUCAAACAAAAUAAAUGUGAUUUAAUACAGCAAAAAUAUUGAACUCUCAAAUAUGUCAAACUAAGAUUAAAGUUUUAGUCUUUUAAAUGGAUCAGACACACUAAAAUGUGACUUUUUUUUUUUUCUUGUGAAGCCAGACACUUUAAUUUAUAAAUUACUUGACUGCACACAUGUACACACCAUGUAUGAGGGAAACUAAAAUGUUAGCAGUGCCUUCAAUGCUGACUCUUGUCUCCCGCCUUGUUGCCUAGGUGUGAUUUACCUUAAGAACAUGAUAACCCAGCACUGGAGUGAUGGAGACGGCUCCGGCACAGAGACACCUGUCAAUAACAUCCCAGAUGAGGACAGGCAGUUCAUCCGAGAUAACAUAGUGGAGGCCAUCAUCCACUCCCCAGAGCGUAUCAGGUAACCAUACAUUCUGCUGCUUUCUUCAUCCGAGUCACUUGUAGGCUGCUGAAGCCAAUCUUUAACUGUCCCCUUUAAACCUGACAGGGUUCAGCUGACGACAUGUAUCCACCACAUGAUCAAACACGACUACCCGGGCAAGUGGACGACCAUCGUUGACAAGAUUGGCUUCUACCUGCAGUCAGACAACAGCGCAGGGUGGCUGGGUAUCUUGCUCUGCCUUUACCAGCUCGUCAAAAACUAUGAGUGAGUCAGUUUUAUUGUAUAUUGUGUUUUUUAUUUUGAAUGAAUUUUGGUUAAUAUUGGACAUGUCAUACUAAUGUUAACUGUGUUUGAAACAGAUAUAAGAAACCAGAAGAGCGUCAGCCUCUGGUGGCCGCCAUGCACAUCUUCAUGCCCAUGCUAAAAGAACGAUUCAUCCAGCUGCUCCCUGAGCACUCCGGUGACUCUGUCCUCAUACAGAAACAGAUCUUCAAAAUCCUCUAUGCCCUUUUCCAGGUAAUUUUUACACACACACACACACACACACACACACAGGUUAAUGAAAAAUCAGUCGGUUUGAGUUAGAUGGGUUUGGUUUAUGGUUCCAGAUUUUCUUUUAGACAAAAAUCAAUCCACAGUAACAACACUUGGACAAUUUUUUUUUUCAAUCUCCGGAUGAACAAAAAUGUUAAAUGUUGUCCAAGUGGGGAAAAUAAUUUUUUGGCCAACUGGGAUAUCUUUUUUUGUUAAUACUACAUCUGUUACGUCCAUUUCAAACAUUAAUGUUGGAAAAGAUCUGUAAUUGGAGUUGUCUCAUUUCUGCAGUACAACCUCCCCUUGGAACUCAUCAACAGACAGAACCUUACAGAGUGGAUGGAGAUCCUGAAGACAGUGGUGGACAGAGAUGUGCCGCCGGUAAGGAGAUCCACGUUUUUUUUGUACUGCUGAAGCCAAUUCCUUUUUUUUGUUUUGAGUUUUUGUAAAAGUUUUCCACAGGCUCACUUUGCCGGCUCUGUCUUUGAUUAUUACAGGACACCAUGCAAGUAGACGAAGACGAGCGGCCCGAGCUACCGUGGUGGAAGUGUAAGAAGUGGGCCCUUCAUAUCUUAGCUCGGCUGUUUGAGAGGUACAGCUCCAAUAUUUAAUUCCAUGAAAUUAAACACACAAAAGUGCUGAAAUUAACACACCAUCUGUAAACCUGUAGGUAUGGCAGUCCAGGCAACACAACCAAAGAGUACACAGAGUUUGCUGAACUUUUCCUCAAGGAAUAUGCAGUUCCUGCUCAGCAGGUAAAAUCACUUCAUAAGGCAUAAAGAUAAGCUGCGUGUCUUUGUGCUUCACGUCACAUAUCUAAGGAAGGACUUUUGUUUACCAGGUGCUGCUUAAAGUGUUAUACCAGUACAAGGAAAAGCAAUAUGUGGCCCCCAGAGUACUCCAGCAGACACUCAACUACAUCAACCAGGGCAUAGCACACGCUCUGACGUGGAGGAACCUCAAACCACAUAUCCAGGUAUCAAAUAAAGUAGAAUAAAGCAUGUAGUUACAAUCAGUUUUCAUACUGUGUGUUGCCACUAGAAACUUGUUUUAAAAUGUCUUUUAAUCUGUACGAGUAGUUCAGUCGUACUUUCGAAAACUGUUUUAGAGUUUUUAUUUUUUGAGUUUAAGCAACAAAUGGUCUGAAGUUUGGUACCUGAAUUGCACAGUUGAUUCUUGUCCCUGAUUAUGACUCUUGAAUUUUGUUUCCAGGGCAUCAUUCAGGAUGUCGUUUUCCCCCUCAUGUGCUACACAGACAGUGAUGAGGAGCUGUGGCAGGAGGAUCCGUACGAGUAUAUCCGCAUGAAGUUUGGUGAGCACAGAGAGCCGGUGUGCCUGUGGUCCAAAAAGAAGCCGGUGCAUCAUCGAUGACUAACCAUGUAUCUGAUCUCUGCUGUACCUUUUUUAGAUGUAUUUGAGGACUUCAUCUCUCCUACAACAGCAGCUCAGACACUCCUUUUCACCGCCUGCAACAAGAGGAAAGAGGUGAGUUAAAAUGGAGUUUGUUAAAUCUGAACUUUUUGUUUCUAACUAAACAAAAGAAAAUACAAACCGAUAAUGCUUCAUUUAUCAAAAUCAGUGCUUGAUGGGGCUUGAAGGCUAAUCCAUUCUUUUUCCAUUUAGGUUCUGCAAAAGACGAUGGGCUUCUGCUACCAGAUUCUCACUGAUCCGGCCUCUGACCCCAGGAAAAAGGACGGUGCUCUCCACAUGAUCGGCUCUCUGGCUGAAAUCCUGCUGAAGGUAAACUCACCUCAGCUAGCUUCAGAAGUCCCUGAUAUCUGUAUUAAAGGGUGAAUGGUGAUCAGCGUUUGUACUGAGGCACAGGAAACCAAAUUUCAUCCACUGCCCUGUUUUUUUUUUAUGUGGUUACUCUCAUGAAUGAUGGUUUUUCAGAGUGGGGUUUAGUUAUAGUAAAACAGGGAUGUUAGAAAAUACAUAUAUGCUGACUUUAAUGUGGUUUUGUCCUUGAUUCUGUUGAUAUUACCAUAAAAUUGUGAAGCUGUUGAUAAAAUAUUAUGGUUAUGAUACUGGUAAGAUGGCAGCGAAAACUCAGAUUAUCUGUCUAGAGAGUGUGGACUAAGUGAAAGGUUAGUUUGAUAAGUCGAGUCGGACUGUCAUAAACCAUUUCUCUUUUUUUCCUCUUCACAGAAAAAAAUCUACAAGGACCAGAUGGAGUUCAUGCUGCAGAAUCACGUCUUCCCCCUGUUCCGCAGUGAACUGGGCUACAUGAGAGCCAGGGUGAAUGAUCUUUCCUGCACUAGUGUCGUGACAUUUACAGGGUUCCUACACAGUUAGAAUAUCCAUACAUUUCGAUACCCUACUUUUUGGAAUUAUCUUUGGAAAUACCUACUUUGAAAAACAGUAUUUUAGACUGUGGUAAUAGUCCGGAAACAUAAAUAUUUUUCCAAACUUUUUAAGACUCAGAAAUUAAUCAAAUUUAUUUCCAUACUGUGUAGGAACCGUGCACUUAAGAACGAAAUGGUUUUGAUGGAAUAGAAACAUGCUUAUUUUCUCAGAUCUCAUGAAAUGAUCUCAAGUAUGUGCCGUCACAUUUUCACAUAGGCCUGCUGGGUUCUGCAUUACUUCUGUGAGGUGAAGUUCAAGAGUGACCAGAACCUGCAGACAGCUCUUGAGCUCACACGCCUCUGUCUAAUCAAUGACAACGAGAUGCCAGUCAAAGUGGAGGCUGCCAUCGCACUGCAGGUCCUCAUCAGCAACCAGGAGAAAGGUGAGCAGCAAAGCCCAGAAGGUCCCUCAACGGCUGAACUCUUUGUCUUCUGAGGAGAUUGUUCUGAAAUGCCUGUUUGCCGUUUUUCUUCCAGCCAAAGAGUACAUCACCCCAUUCAUCCGGCCAGUGAUGCAGGCACUCCUGCAUAUCGUCAGGGAGACGGAGAACGAUGACCUCACCAAUGUCAUACAGAAGAUGAUCUGUGAAUACAGCGAGGAGGUCACUCCCAUCGCAGUGGAGAUGACACAGCACUUGGUAAGCGCAGACAGAACAGAGGAGGCGACUUGUCGGUGUCUUCAUUUACAUACCAUCCUCCUAACCAUGAGGCCUACUGAACUCUCCGUGAACCUCCAGAGAUGCAUAUCAGGAAGUCAUGAGAAAUGUGCACGUCGUUAUGCAGGCAUAAAAAGGAGAUUUCAAUCAGUGUUCUCACAAAAAGUCAAUGAUCUACUUUUUCUUUUGACCCAGAAAUAUAAAUUCGGACAGGUGAAAAUUCUUGCUCGCUCACCAAGGCACAAGGAUUAUAAAUUUCUCGAUAGCCAGAACAAGAUGCUUCCUUCUCAUUGGUCAUUCAAAGUUUUAAAAACCUCCAAUUAGCUGCAAACCCUUUGACAAUGCCAUUAGAGUUUUUUUAUUCUUUUCUCAGGUAACUGCAUUAAAAUCAAACACAGAUAUUUGGUGAUGUCAGGGAAAGCUUCUGAAGAUGUAUAUAAGUUUGAUGUGUAAUCAUGUCGGGAUAGAAAUGAGUCAGCCUGAUGUGCGGACAGAAAAACUCCUCUGUGGCGAUCAUAAUGGUCUCUUUGUUGGCUCUCUGACAGGCGAUGACGUUCAACCAGGUGAUUCAGACGGGGCCUGAUGAGGAGGGAGGCGAUGACAAGGCUGUGACAGCCAUGGGCAUCCUCAACACCAUCGACACAUUGCUAAGUGUGGUGGAGGACCACAAAGAGGUGAGCAGCCCAGCCACUAAGCACACUGCCCACACACACACACACACACACACACACUCUCCUGGCUGAUCACUCAUCUCGGAGCCACUCCAUGGGUAGAAGCAGCUCUGGUCUGCUGUAGCCUUCCUGCCAACACACUUCAGCCACCCACCAACUCCUGGGAACACGUUCUGUUCUCACCAUGUUCAAAAUGACUCAGAGGCUGAGGCAGACGCUAGAAAUAGUGCCGGGGCUCGCUGCCACCGUGUCUGCCCAAAAAAUGGGGCUGGCGGUGCUGAAAGCCAAGAAGCCAACAGAUUUGACCAAGUGUUGCUUGAGAAUUCUUAAUUGUAUAACAGCUCAGUUCUUUGGGUUAACCAAAGUGUCUUUGCCUCUUUUUUUUAAUUAAUGACUACACUUGGCAUUAAGUUUGACGUCCGCUGUUAAAUUAAUGUCGGUGUGUUAGAAGAGAGGUAAUGUUACUGUGGUGAUAUCUUUUAUUGCUGCUACUUAAUUUGAAUAUUCGCCCAGUAAAUUCACCCGGUGUUUCAUAUCUUGAAGUAAUGUGUGAUUAUGAUUUCAUGUGGAGAGGAUUAAUAGUCAAUCAUUGAGUCAUAAAUCUGCUUUUAAAGAAACUAGACCUAGAAUUUAAUCCAUUGUAAUCCUUUAUUUAACAUUUGUUCGAGACUGACCCUGUUUUACUUGACUCUUUACCUUCUCGAGCGGUUUCUCAGCAGUAUUACCCUGUGUAUAUAUAACACAUUGGUAAAUGCAAAACAAACUGUAUUAGCUGUGUGACUAAAGCUUUUACAGUUAGCCUCAUGUUGGAUGAUUCACAGUUUUUCAGGGAAAAGAAUUUGCUGUCCAGAUAAAAUCAUACACCACUUCUAAAACAUGAUCUCCUCCUCCUCUUGAGUUUUUUUUAUAUCUGGUAAAAUUCUCAUUUCCUGUAUUCCUCAUGUUUUUGUUUUGUUUUUCUCAGAUCACCCAGCAGCUGGAGGGCAUCUGUCUCCAGGUGAUCGGCACUGUGCUGCAGCAACAUGUAUUAGGUAAGCAGGACCGGUUCUUGUUGCGCCUCCACAUUCCACCUGCGUGUUACUUUAAUACCUUCCCUGUCUUGCUGUCUAAGACAUGACCUAUUGAUAAUAAACUAUGUUUACCUCCUGUGACUCACCUGUUUUUUUCCAGAGUUCUAUGAGGAGAUCCUGUCUCUGGCUCAUAGCCUGACCUGCCAGCAGGUGUCGCCACAGAUGUGGCAGCUCCUUCCACUGGUGUAUGAAGUCUUCCAGCAGGAUGGAUUUGACUACUUCACAGGUAAAUGUUGAAUGUUAAAAUGUUUUAGUUAUCCUCUUAAAGUAAAAAGAUGCUGAAGAGAGAAUGCAAGAGCUUUUCUAGAAGAUUUUCUAGUUUCAAUAAGACCAACUCACAACAUGUGUGUCUUUUUUGCAGAUAUGAUGCCCCUCCUUCACAACUAUGUCACAGUCGACACAGAUACCCUCCUGUCUGACACCAAAUAUCUGGAAAUAAUCUAUAGCAUGUGCAAGAAGGUAAAAAUGCUGCACUCAAAAAUGUGUUCUGUAUAACCCUGAUAUUUGUGUUAAGUGGGAAGCUCACCAAAAUCCUUCAUUUCACUCAGGUUCUGACAGGAGAUCCAGGAGAAGACCCAGAGUGCCAUGCAGCCAAACUACUGGAGGUGAUCAUUCUGCAGUGCAAAGGUCGUGGAAUUGAUCAAGUGAGUGCUUUCUUUUUGUCUGUUUUCAAGCUUUGGACAUAAAAAUUUAGUGAACUACAAGCACAAUUCAUCCACAUACAUUUUUCCAUAUUUUCAUAUUGCAAACCUUUGCUUUGUCGAGUCAAUAUCUUGCCUUUGCUGCAGGUUGUCCCUCUGUUUGUGGCCGCUGCACUGGAGCGUUUGACGCGGGAGGUGAAGACCAGCGAGCUGAGGACUAUGUGCUUACAGGUGGCCAUCGCAGCCCUUUAUUACAGCCCCCCUCUCCUCCUCAACACUUUGGAGAAUCUACGCUUCCCAAACAACACUGAGCCCAUCACUAACCACUUUAUUACCCAGUGGCUCAAAGAUGUCGAUUGCUUCUUGGGGUAAGAGUUUGUGACAGCCAGAGUGUGGGCUGUUUCAAAAUACCUGAAAACUCUUGUGAAGUUCAGAUUUAUGUGGAAGGAAAGAGAUCCAGUCACACUAAAGUUCUGCUUACCUUACAGCCUUCACGACAGGAAGAUGUGCAUUCUGGGACUUUGUGCCCUCAUCGACCUGGAGCACAGACCUCAGGCUGUCAACCAGGUGGCUGGUCAGCUUCUCCCAGCAGCCAUCCUACUGUUCAACGGCCUCAAGAGGGCGUACGCCUGCCGAGCAGAGCAUGAGAACGACGAAGAUGAUGAUGACGAAGAUGGGGAAGAAGAGGAUGACAACGGUAAGGCCACAAACCCUCAAUAAGAUAAGAUUAGGUACUCCUUUAUUAGUCCCACAAGGGGAAUUUCCUAAUGUAUUUGAAGUUGAAAGGUUUGAUAACGCGUCCCUCACAUCUUUGCAUGACUAGCUGAGCUCGGCAGUGACGAGGAUGACAUUGAUGAAGAGGGGCAGGAGUACCUGGAGAUGCUGGCAAAGCAGGCAGGAGAGGACGGAGACGACGAAGACUGGGAGGAGGACGAUGCUGAAGAGACGGCACUCGAGGGAUACACUACAGCUGUAGAUGAUGAAGACAACUUAGUGGACGAGUAUCAGAUCUUCAAAGCCAUACUACAGAGUAAGACGACUGUUCAGAGAGAUUUGGUUCCUUUUUUUUUUUGUCUCCCCUAAAAGAUGAUUGAAAAAUUUAAGAUAAGAAUGCGAAUGCUUUGUAACAAUCACUGAUGUGACUGUACCGUUACAGAUAUCCAGACCCGUGAUCCGGCGUGGUAUCAGGCACUAACACAGGCCCUCGACGAGGAGCAGGGCAAACACCUUCAGGACAUAGGCACACUUGCAGACCAGAGACGGGCAGCACAUGGUGAGCUCCUGCUGAGAACCAACCUCAAUUUUCCCAUUAAACUCUGAAGCUGCAUGUCUAACAAUAAAGCAUUUUUUUCUACAUGCCAUCUCUCCUCCUUGUUAUUGCUGCUGUUUUUUUUCAUCGGUUUAAGGAACAUCUAACAUUUUUACAAGUGGCUUUUUAACUCAAGUCAAUGUUGCCUCAUACAAGUCUUGCGUUCAAAAAGAAGCUUAGAUUGAAAAUAAAAAGUAGAACUUGAGUCUGAGAUUAAUCUUGUUUUUUCCUCUAUUAAAGAGUGAUAAUGUGUUAAAGCUCUGCUUGCAUGGUGCAUGACUCUGCUUGGGACAUAGUGUUGGCCUUUGGGUAUAGGGACUGAUGAUGAACCAAUGUUUGGAGCUGAACAUAAUAGACCACAUGCAAAGUGUGCGUAAUGGGGACACUGAGUAAAAACAAAAACAAAACGGUUGUACAAUUAUUAAAAACUGGUCUUGUUCCUGUGUGUCCUUGUUCUCCUAACCCAAAUAUUUUUGGACUUCAUCACUAACUUAUAAAAAGAGAAACUUUGGCUGCUUCUCAGUAGUUCAACAUUGAGAAGUUAAAAAAUGUAAUGAAAACAAUCUUCCUUCAAGUUUUUGUUUUUAACCUUCAUUCCUCAUUGUCUGAUUACAGAAUCCAAGAUGAUCGAGAAACACGGCGGGUACAAGUUCACAGCACCAGUGGUGCCAUCUACUUUCAACUUUGGAGGCACUGCUCCAGGAAUGAAUUGAGUCAUCCGUUCUACUUUUUAUUACUCUGUGACUGAUUGUAGUGAAGUGAAAAAAAGCUUGUGUUGUUCCCUUAAGUAGUGGUUCCAGAACUGGUUCUUCUCAGUCAUUCUUCAAUCUGUCAAACGGGGAAAUAAGCACCAGAAGAUGUGGGAAAGCAACCAAAAUGCAACCAAUGGCUGGGGAAAACAAACCAAGAACUUGAGCACGAUGCAGGAGAAGAAGCUCUGAACAACGUUGUCUUCCGGAGCCCAGUGUAGAGGGGAUACCAUGACGGCAACUCUUUUGUUUUUUUCCCACUUAAACAAAAUUGGGGGAUUUAACAGUUUAGAAAUUGAUAAUGGGACUUAAUAUUUCAUUAUCACUGUUGUGGCCAAAUGGCCGUAAUAUGAUUAUACCUCUGGUAGUGGUGAUAUCUAUGUUAUUUUCUGCAUAAACAAACAUGUUUAUGUAAAUACAAGCCAAGGUUAUUAAUUUUUCAAGUAGCCUUGAAAAACAACCAGAGGCAUUUGUAAGGUGUUAACAGCUGUAUUCAUAUGUAGCAUAUUGGAUACUUCAUAGCACUAUGUGAUGCCUGAUCUCUGUAAAUUAAUGACUAGCACUUUCAUAUUGUUCAGGUCUCCUAGCCUUCUGUAUCAGACUGCAAAUUUUUUAAAUUGAAAAACUAUUUAAAAUGAAAACAGCUGUAACUUUGUUACUUUGCAAGCAACUUGUGUAACGGCUGGUUGUCACGCAUCUGGUUACAGAGUCGAUCAGUGGGCAACUCAGAAACAUUGAUUUCAGGAAAAAGAGAAUGCUCUUGGUGUUCAGUAUGGCUGCAGGACAUGUGUUUUUGAGCACUGAAAGUACAAUUGAAUACAUCAUUGAAGCAUGUACAAUUGGACUUAUCGUGAAGGUCUCAAGCUUUUGGUUGGUGUAUGGAUGAACCAUCUAUAUAUACAACAACAUAUUAAAAAAAAAAGCUAAGGGAUUUAAUGUCUUCUUCUGUUUUAUGGAAACAUUUUAAGUCAUUUGUGCAUGAAUAUAACCCUGA